UCAAUGAAAAUGCUGGCUGGCACAUUUUAAUAACUUAAUUAAGAGCAGUAAGCAUGUAGUCAGCUCAGAGAGCGAUAGUAAAAUCAGUUUUCGUUAUGCAAAAGUUUUUGGUGGUCAUAUAAAAUCGUGUGAAAAUGGCGCAAAAAUCGAACUCUGAUCUUUUUUGUGUUAGUCCCAAGAACAUGAUCUUCUAUGCACCGUACAAUCGCGUGCAGAGACGUUUGAUCACUCUAUUGAAUCCAACCGAGGAGCGGCUGCUCUUCAAGGUACUGACGAAUGCGCCAUGGCAAUACAAUGCCAUGCCGAACUGUGGCUUCAUCGAGCCAUACGACAUCAGCGAGGUCUGCAUCAGCCUGCAUAACUUUGAGUUCGAGCCGCAUAAGGAAUAUAGCCAUCGCGUCUGCAUCCAGUGCAUUCGAGCGCCGCCCACUGAUUACCUGAAUAACCAAACAAUUCUGUGCAUAUUCAAGCAAGUGCGUCGCUCCAAGAUCCACAAUGUGCGUGUGCCCAUCGAACUGAACCCCGAGCCCAUAUGUAUACCACAACAUGAGGUGGAUGCCAUUUUUCAAAACGAUAUCCAAAAGCUCAUCUGGGACCUGCGACCCAUCAACACGGACUACAUGGCCCAGCUCAAGGAAGUGACCAUGGCGGGCCUUAGGAAACGCUGCAGCUGGGUACGCAUGCUACUGGGGCCGCUUAUCUUAAUAUCGACUGGGCUGGCUGCUGCUUAUAUUCAUCAUCAUUUUCAAAACGAACCAUUCACAGAAAUAAAGACGGGGGAAUGUGACUACUAA